GACAGAGCGGUGUUCGAACGCUCCCUCAUCGUAUCAUCAUUCAAACAUGAAACGCGAAAGCGGCGACUUACGUCCGAUAACAGACAACUUUUAAAUUUCGAACAUAAAACUUGUGACUAAAAGUGCCAGUGUGUUAAAUUACAAACUCUUUGUUGAAGUGCCAAAUAUGUGAGAGACUAGUUUUGUUAGAAUCGUUUUUGGAGCAAAUUUAAAAUCUUAUCUUUUGCGGGGUUGAUGACUUUUUGAACUCAUUAACGUAAAAUUUGAAUAACAAUGUUCUCGAUUUAAAGAAAUCAUUCUCAUUCUAUUAAAUUAAGUAUUUAAGAAGAUAAAAUUCGUUAUGUGAAAGAGGAAAUGAUGGAAAUCAUCAAAAUGAAGUUCUCCGCGUUGAUUGCAUUGUGCGCAAUAACAUCGGCGUACGACAUCACACAGCUGAAGGUGCCGCUGUAUGCAGAUCCCCGACGUGCGGCCGAACUGAGCUGCCAUUUUCAAAUGGACGACGAAAAACUCCACUCCGUCAAGUGGUACCGGGAUAUGAACGAGAUUUUCCGGUACAAUCCGUCACAGAAGCCGCCAAUACGACUGUUCAAUAUAACGGACAUCAUGGUGCAAGGCGGAAAAUGUGAGGUAGACUCUUGCAUGGUCCGAGUUAUGCCUCCGCCCAUAGCUACGAGAGCUGCAUACACUUGUGAAGUAUCAACGGAAGGACCAAAGUUCUUUAUUGCGAGAAAGACAAAACAUAUGACUGUUGUUGCCAUACCGGAAAUGGAUCCUGUCAUAAUUGGAGCUCCGAAAGUACUGAAGCCGGGGGAACAGAUAUUCCUAAACUGCACGUCGGAUUACUCGUUGCCACCGUCCGAUAUUAAUUGGUACAUCGAUGAUGAGUUUCAAAAGCCUGAAGCGUGGCAACGGACGGAACAGAGUGCGCCCCAGCCUGGAGGUCUGCGUCGGUCAUGGCGCGUACUCCGAUUGCGAGUUCCACCGACGGCAAGCGGCACGAUCAAAGUGAGAUGCGAAGCGAUCCUGCUUGUCGAGCCGCCGGUCGUGCGAGACGCCAAUAUCAUCAUCACUAUACAUUCUCGUACGCAACCUUCAAAAUACGUCGCGAAUAGUGUAGGUACUAAUAAAUAUUUGAAUGAAGUGUUACUGCUCACUAUAAUAUGGACUAUCAAACAAAUAUUGAGGUUUGUUCUUAUCUAAUAAGAUUCAAAUUGGAGUAAGUUGUAAUUAUAAUUAUAAUUGUAAACUAAACAUAUAAAUGUCAGUAGAUACAAACAGCGUAGCGUUACAAAAAAGAUUAUUUGUGAAAUAUUAUGAUUAUAUCUGAAUGUAUUUAGUUAGUGGUAUUAUUUAGUUACUCAUGCAUUCCAAAAUUCAUUUCAAAAAAAUAAUUAAUAAAUAAACGUGCGGAGUUUAGACUCCUGGCUUCUUAUAUAUAUAAAUAUGUCAAAUUUUCCAAUAUAAAAAAGUGGAUUGUUAUUUUCUAUUGGAUGAGAGCUUUAAUUGUACAAAACAAAGUUUUGUUAUAAUUUCAUGUAGAACAUUUGUGAGAACUGAAAAAAAAUAAAACAUGUUUAUUCUGUGAUUCUAAGUUGUGCGUGAGAAAAUCCUUAGCUUUUAAAAUCCUUAAAAUCUCAAAUUCUUAGAUUAUUUACUUCGGAUUAUACAACAUAAUAAUAUGAAUUAUCGAAUUCCGACAAUUUCAUACACAGUUCGCGUCCUUGUUACACCAGCAAGUUGUU